AUGACGGAGCGGAUGGAUGUUGAUGAAGAUGCAACCUACCGAGACGAAACUCUGGUCGAUGAGUACGGCCUUGCGGCUGGAGUAAUCAGCACUCCGCGAAGAACGGUUGGGCUGGUUGAGCAGGGCGUUUUCCCCAACGCUAACCCAGUUUUAAAAGACGUUGCGUUACGUCCCUUUUCGAGCCGUGAACCAGAUCAAGUACCAGUGGAACGCCUCAACAGCUCCGGUGCACGAAGCACGCUGACUCCUCCUGCCUCGUAUCCGGGUGAGCGAAGUCUUGCAGGCCGUCGACGCGACCCCUGCACGUCGCAAGCAAGGCCGACUCGCGAGCCUUCCGUGCUGGCCCUCGUCGAGCAAGUCUACUGGCCGUAUGUUGUCGUUGGAUACGUGCAGCUGGCGCUAAACAUAGUCCUGCUCACUGUGUUGCUCUUCGUGUUCGUGUUUUUCGGACGCAGCUUUUACACGGACGUUUCGCGAAAAGUGGCGCAUCAGUACACACAGGCAGCUCGGCACAUCGAGCAGUGCCAACGAAGUUUUCAAAUGAAUCGUUGUUUCGAUGAUGCACAGGUUGUUCCGCACAUGCGGGAACAGUGCCAAAGCUGGGAACGGUGCGCAGGUCAGACACCGACGCAGCUCGUCAUGAAUAGGGCGAGCUUGAUCAUGGAGACACUCGCCGAGGCCGUGAAUGGUUUCAUGGAUUCGAUUUCCUAUAAGAGCGUCGCGUGCCUGAUGCUUCUUGCUGUGCUAGCUGUGAUGAUGGGCGGAACGACGCUGGGUAUCGCGCGGCAGCGCUUGACGCAUGACGUUUACCAGCUCCUCGCAAUGCAUCCGCAGCGAGCCUGGAGACGCAAGUCGCCUCCCAGAACGCGAUCCUUGGUCGUUGGCGAGAGCAGGUCGAUCGACACAUCCGAGGAUGAAACGUACUGA